CUUCGCUCUCAUAACAAAAGCGAGCAACGUAGUUUUCUCGCCGCAUUAUGACCAAUUUAACCCACAUUCCCGCUGAUUUGGGCCGUGAAACGGGUCGUUUUCAAUGCGAGGACACUCCGUUAUCCGGUCAAAGUCUGCUGCCGGGACACUUUCGACUUUUUCCGGUAACUUUGAUGGAGGUCCGAGCAGGCUAACAGGUUAGCCACAGCAGCUAACCAGAUGUUCCAGCAACUUUAGUCCGAUGAAGAUUGUUCUUGGACUUUUAAUGUGGUUUUAAAAAGUGGAAUAUUGUCCAAACCUACAGGACGAUGCCACGCCUGCAGUCGGGUGUCUGGAAACACUUCACGCCGGCGAUCAAAGAUGGGAGAGAAACCUUCAUGUGCAACUACUGCUCCAGGACGUACACCAAGAACGCCACCAAGAUGCAGAUGCACCUGGACAAGUGUAAGGAGUACUCUGUGGUGUCUCAGCGGUCGCCGGGUCCAGACGGUAGCUCCUCGGCCUCCAUCCCUGUGCCCUCCUUCUCCUUCCUGCCGUCAGCCUCCUCCGGGGGACACUUCCUCCUCGACUCGGUGGACCAGCGCAGUCAGGCGUUGGCCGACGAGUGCCUGGCGAGGGCCGUGUUCGCCUCGUCGUCGCCACUCGAUCUCACAGACAACAUUUACUGGAAACGGUUUUUGGGCGUCCUGCGGCCGGCGUACUGCCCACCCACCACCGAGGCUCUGGCCACGCACCUGCUGGACCGCGAGUAUGACCGUGUGAGGAGCCGCAUCCACGAGGAGGUGGGGAGGUCGGACUGCGUCUCCAUCGUCUGCAGCGGCUGGUCCGACGUGAACGAAACCAGAACUAUCAUUUAUGUCGUUGCAACUCCUGUGCCGCUGUUCUACAAAUGCACCAAGACGAAGGAGCAGUCGAGCACGUUCAUCGCAGAGGAGCUGAAGGGCGUCAUCCAGGAAGUCGGGCCUCAGAAGGUCUUUGCCGUUGUCACCGACGACGCGCCGGAGAUGCCGUCAGCGUGGCUUCAGGUGGAGGAAGCGUUUCCUCACAUCUCAGUGGUCGGCUGCGCUGCUGCUGCUGUCCGGCGGCUCUUCGACGACGUUGUGACGCUGCCGUCCAUGAGGUCGCUGUGCCGCAGAGCUGAGCAGGUGUUCAGGUGCGUCAGAGAGCAGGACACGCUGGCAGAGACGUUUAGAAGCUGGCAAACCACUAAAGUCAGAAGUGGCUCGUCUACAGGGCUGGAGCUGCCUUCCAGCGCCGACUGGACCACCAUGGUAAACGUGCUCAGCUGCCUCCUGGACGGCCAGAACUCCCUGCAGGACCCGGCCAACACGCUGGACGUGGAAGCCUCCGUCAGGGCGACUCUGCAGGACGCAGUCUUCUGGAAAAGUCUGAGCAGCAGCCGCAACCUGCUCUACCUGAUCGGGAACUACAUCGACUUCCUGAGGAGGGAAGACGCGGUUCUCUCCGGCGUCGUCGACACAUUCAGCCAGUUAAGAUACGUGAUCGGAGCCUCUCUGAGCGGGUCGGCGCUGCUCGGUGGUGAGCAGGAAGCCGUCAUGGCAUCUUUAGACCGAUGUCAGGAGUUCUGCGUGAAGCCGAUCCACGCAGCGGCGUUCAUGCUGGACCCAAAGCACGCCGCACAGCAGACGCUCUCUGGGGAGCAGGUCAGCGGCGCCUACCACGUCAUCUCCACGCUGUCGCAGCACCUGGACCUGGACGAGGGCCAAGUUCUGGGCAGCUUCGCCCGGUUCUCGGCCAAGCAGGGCCUGUGGAGGACCGCCGGGGUCUGGAGCUCCUGCCAGCACGUGUCUGCAGCCACCUGGUGGAAAGGGCUGUGUUCGUCCGAGCCGCUGUCCGCCGUCGCCUGCGCCGUUCUCCAGAUCCCACCGACGGCAGCGGCCUGCGAUCGCCUGCGGUCGCAUUUCUGCAGCGCUGAAGCACAAAGUUCUGUCUCAGUGGAAAGGAUGCAGAAGCUGGUGGCCGUGCAGGCGAACCUCAACCUCCUGGAGCCCGAGUGUGAGUUUCCUCCGCUGGAGAGCGACGAGGAGAAGAAGGUUUUCUGUCAGUCUGAGACUACAUGA